CAAUCGUCACAACAUUCCUGUAUCGUGAUACCAUCGCAUCCGUCGUCAAGAAUAAUGGUCUAUCCAUCCUUCCUUCUUCUCGUUCUUGUUUGAUCUUCUACCGCACCACUUGUUUAUUCAACAGAACAACACUGGAAGCGUUGCAUAUUGAACACAACAAAGUAACCCAAAUUUUUGAUCAUGGGUUUAGGCACGAAGAAGCGAUGGCGCAUCCCCAGACGAAGCAAGUCGAAAUCAAAAGCUAAGAAGGAGAGCGACGACGACGAUGCUUUUCCAACAAGUUCUGAAUCGAGCGACGAAGACCCAAGUGUAUUGGAAGAAAAGGCAUUGCCUGCUUCAAUGAGCGACGUCGAAGAUAGCGAUAGCGACGACGAUCUAUAUCUAGAUAACGAUAUCGACAAGAGCCUCGACAAAAUUGCCGACCUCCCAAAACCACCGCCGACGAUACCGGCGAGUGAUUUCGGUGAUCCUGGCAAUAAUGUCAAAGGCACCAACAGCAACACCAAAAACGAUGAAAACCAUGAUAUUCAUAUUAUUGUUCAUAGCAAGCAACAAAGCGACCAUAAUCUUUACAAUAUUGUUCGUAGCAACCAACAACGCGACAUAAUAGAUGACGACGACUUCUCCGACUCCGACUCCGAUGACGAGGAAUUUAGCAACUAUGAAGAAGACAUGGAACGCCAUCGCCAAGAAACUCGCAGCUCUCCUUUCAUGUCAGAUGUACUUCACAAGAUUGAAGAAGAAUCUCAUGAUGAUAUCGACAGGCGGAAUAGCGAAGACAGCAAGGGACAGAGCAAUGAAGAGCAAUCAAAGAGCCCGAAUAACGACAAUACCGACGAAGCAGGACCUCCACAAAAUCCGAAGCAAGCCGACAAGACGGCAAAAAAACAGAAACACAAGACUGCCAAAAAACGUGUUUACAAAGACAGAGCGGGAAAUCCCCUCAUCCUUCCAUCGCACCGCGAACUUUCAAAGGAACUCUGCAAGAUCGUGGCGACGGACCACUACUCGGGUGCGGAAUUUCUCCGCGCACUCGAACGGCUAGCCGAAUGGGCUCACACCCAGGAUACCAAUCUUCUAAAACACUUUUUGACCUACGGGGGAGUAGUAAAGGUAGUGGAUUUUCUGAGGGAACAGAUCGAGGAUCCACGAUGCGAGGGGGAGUUUUUGAUGGAGUGCAUCCACAAGGCCUGCGACGUGAUUUGCAACGUCUGUUUCGUGGGAAAGUUUGGCAUCAACGAGGACAUCGCCGUCGUGAAUGCUACGGUAGUCGUUAAAUAUGAGGGGAUUGAAACCCUGUUGAUGGCAAGCAACGAGUACAACGAAGCCAAUAAGGACCACCCCCUGGCACUCAAAGCCGCCGAGGGUGUGUGGAACGCCAUCAUGAACGUCUACUGCAACGCUGAAACUGCAAUGACCAAAAAGUUAUCCAUGCUUGUUCUGGACGCCGGCCUGCAGAUGUUAGCGCGGAUAGGCUCGGUAGACCAUCCGGUUGCCGCCGAAACGAUUGCCAAUGUCUUCAACACGUUUUAUCGAAUCACUUACCACGGGUACGUCACCAAUGAGGAGUUCCAGAAAUUAGACAUUCUGACCCAUUGCCUCGACGUUUUCAAGCGGGACGUUACCUCUAGUGAUGGCGACGAAGAACUCCUCGAGGAAGCUAUCUCCUUUUUUUAUGGAUGUCACGAAAAGACCCUCUUUGGCAAGUCUUCCGACUACGAACGGGUCCUACCUCUUUGCGUGAUGGGGUUACGAGAAUUUGCAUACGACAAUGCUAACAUCCGGGAAUGGGCGACCAAGCUUCUGGACGGUGCCUGCUCUAACAUUCAGAAGAAAGAAACUAUAAUGAUGGCCGAGGGUGCCAUCGAAGCCCUAGCGCCCCUGCUGACCGCCAAGGAUGUAGAUACAGCGGAGAAAGACGAGGUGCGCAAGCUCAUUCGUAAGAUCAUAGCGGCGUAAUUCAACUUUUGCCAUCGACUCGUUUUAUUUCAAUCAAGUGUGUGGUUGAUCGAUUGCGAUCAUGCUGCAGUGGCGUUUCAAGAGCAGCAACUACCAUGUUGUGGUGUUACAUGGAAUAACCUUCAACAAUACAACAGCCAACACACCACACACGGAUUCCAACGCACACUUUCUGCUUCAUAAAUCAUAAAUUGGACACUUGUACUAUUACUCUUAAUCAAUUACUUUAUAUUUA